UUAUCAGCUCCUCCGUCUCUAGAUGCGGGAGGAAGUCCUGGGCCGCAGCUCGUCGGUUUGCGGGACUUCAGACGCGUGCGUUUGUGAGGGCCACUGCGCAUGUCAUAUUUUUGCUACACCCAACGUUUUCCAUGUUGUUGGGGGAGGAAACGCUCCUUUGUUUUGCUGCCUAGCGUUAGCUUACCCCACCUUGUUCUCCAGCAUACAUUUAGAUCUCGAGCUAACAAUUUAUUUUCCUGAUAACAGAUUAACCUGCUGUUUUGAAGCACGCGCCCCUGUUCUGAAGACUUCUUUAAAACCGAGCAUCAUGGGUAACACGGACAGCGUGGUGGUGCAGAAGCGUCUGGCCCGCUUCCGGCCCGAGGAGCGCCCCGUGGUGGAGGGGGUCUUCAGCAAGCUCCAGGCUGGUGCAGCAGGAAAAACUCUCACGCUGGAGAUGCUUCAGUCCUCCAUGGGCAGCUUGGCCUCAGACUCCAUGGUGAAGAGAGUCUACGGGUGCAUGUGUGGUAUCGAUCCCGGACUUGCAGGGUCUGGGAAGACCAGCAAACCCCCUACCUCUGGAGUAAGUCAGGAGCAGCUGAUGGUCUUUCUUGCGGACACCCUUCGAGGCACCGCAGAGGAACGGGCUCCGCUUGUCAUGGCCAUGUCCCACAAUGCAGCAGGGCCAGCAGCAGCAGCUGUCACGUGUGACCAGGUGGCAGAGUUCCUACAAGACCUGAUUUCUGCUGUAGUUAAUAUUCUGGCCCAGCGGGGGCGCCUGCAGGGCUGGAAGCCUGAGAAAAUGGCCGAUGGCUCCUUUGGUGUUAAAAUACUGGCAGAGCAGAUCUGUUCUGAGCUCAGACCCUCAGAUCAGGGAAGUUGUGAUGUCUCUUAUUUGGAGGACUGGAUCUUUAGAAACUCCCAGGUUUCACUGUACUUAGAGAUGCUGGUAUCUGAGGGCCUAAAUGUUGACCUGAGUAGCCGACCGCCUCCGAUUCUGCUGCCCCCCUGCAAGGAGACACCAUGGAAAGAAUUGAGGAGUCUGCUCGACCUUCCCACUGUCAUGUUUCUGGCCCCACAGAGACGUCUAUUAUUUACAUUUGUGGAGUCGUCUCUUUCCAGCAGUGUCCUGAAGAUGAGAAACCACUUCACUACUUUUUCUUCUGGGAGGCUGCAUGACGUUACAUUGCCAGACAGCUACAGCGCCCCCUGGAGGCUCGUGUUUUCCACAGAACUGCAUGGAGAGAGUUUCACCAAGAUGUUGAGUGGCCUAACUAAGCAUGGCCCCACCCUGCUGCUCAUUAAAGACACUAAGGGACAUGUUUUUGGAGGCUUUGCUUCGCACGCGUGGGAAAUAAAACCUCAGUUUCAAGGUGACUCCAGAUGCUUCCUGUUCACUGUGAUGCCCCGACUGAGAGUUUAUACAGCGACAGGAUACAACGAGCACUUCAUGUACCUCAACCAUAACCAACAGACCAUGCCCAACGGGCUGGGUAUGGGUGGUCAGCACGACUACUUCGGCUUGUGGCUGGACUGUGAUUUUGGCCGUGGUCAUAGCCGUGCACGGCCCAAAUGCACCACCUACGGCAGCCCUCAGCUGUCUGGAGACGAGGAUUUCACGCUGGACUCUCUGGAAGUGUGGGCUGUAGGAAAACCACCAGAACCAGAGGAGGAUGAGGAGGUGGAGGGCAAGAAGAGCGUCCUGGAUUCAGAUCUGGAGGUGCAAGCUAUGAUGGAGCUGACGGGCAAGACUCUGCACAGUCAGGGACUCCGGGAGCCGGAGGAAGACUAGGACCAGUGACCGGUGUCACGUAGACCUUUCCGCUCACAAACCCUUGCUUUUUUUUUUUUUUCCACUGCUGCUGAAAUUACUCACAUGUUGUCACCCUCCACCAGGCUGUGGAUGACAUCAUCACAUGAUAAACCAAAUCACAUGUGACCAUAAUGUUCACCGGUUGUAAAAUCUGUGGAUUCGCACUGAAAGCGCUCUGGCCCGUCGGCACCGUGCAGUGAACACACUGAGAACUAAAUGAAGGUGAAAGGGUGAGUUUGUCCUGCUAAUCAGGGGCAGUAAAAUAAGAUGGAAACAUCUCGAAUCAAAGGAGAUUAGGAAGAUUUUAAAAAAGGCUGGUGAAACUGGCGCGAUGGACAGGUUACCUGGACAGGUGUACCUGGCUCUCGCCUGCUAAGUGCUGGCAUAGGCUCCACCUCCCUCACGACCCUGAACUGGACCAGCGGUGUAGAAAAUGAAUGGUGGUUUUCAGUAUUUUAAGUGUCAGGACUCAGUGGAGGACUUUUCCACAUCAGGGAUGACGAAGACUUUCUUCUACCUCAGACAGACUGAAUGCACAUGCAACAAAACUUUAACCAGCUUUCCAGACUGGAUGCACAUCUACUUAUUUAUUUAUUAUUCCAGACCACUUUUUACUUUGCUCACAUCCAGUUUUGUGGUCCAUCUGAUCUCCAUGGGCGGUCGACAACGCUCUGCUGCAGCCGUGGUUUAAUCUCUUACUUGGUUCAGCCAGACCAGCGCCGUGGGCCGAGCUCUAGUCUCUGUUCUCUGAGAUGAACUGACGUAAACUUGUGCAGGUUAGUACCUGGUGUUCCACCAUGGCUCCUCUUUGACUGGAUAAAUUCAAAGUUCACUGGAUAAACGGGGCAACCAAUCACCCGGCUCGUUACUGUGUCCUAGCACUGGGACUGGCUUUAGCUCUGUGCUAACAGUCGGGCAGCGUAGCUCCGAAGAUAAAAGCAAUAAAUGAGCUAUUUAUGUUCAUGUACAGGGAACCCAACUGGUUGCUGCUGGCAGUAGCCCAGACAUGACGAGGUCAAGAAGGCCUCAUGUGGAGCAGUAAAAGUUCUGAGGUUGCCAUGGUGAUAAGGCCUUAAAUCCUUCUAAAUCUGAGGGAAAUUAAAAACGUUUUCUUUGUAUCUGUACUUAAAAUAUUGUCCCUAAUCCGUGAUAGAUUCGUUGUGGCGGUGGUGACUGACAAGGGUUUCUACUGCAAGGCGAAGGCUGUCCAACAGGCUCAACAUCCUCAGCCUCCAGGCCCUCGCAUGCAUCCUCACUCUGAUCCAUAGCAACCUGAACCGCACUUGUUCCUCAUAAAAUUGAAUCCAACUAUUACGCUGCCACGUUAUAUCUAAAUAUUCUUUACUACUGAUUGUAAUAAAGAAUAUUUUGAGCUGUACUUUUAUGUUACUGGUACGUCUUGUCCAUGGAUCAUGAAACAGCAGCUUGUGGUGCCCAAAAUGAGUCAUUUCAGUCAUCCUGGCAACUGGCUGCCAAGGUAACCGCAAUACAAAUCUGUAUGCAGCGUCCUAAUAUCCAGAUUUAUUCCAGCCGUGGUGCUGAAGACGUGAACGAAUCUGGUGCUUUUAUCCCAGCCUGAACACCCGGAGCCGCCAGCUGGACCUGCUCGGCUGCAGGCUCGGAGAGGAUUCCACACAGAGCUGGCAAAGCAAAAUGAACCUGUAGAAAUAUUCUCGGUGGGAUCUACGUGCACAUCGUCUUUUACACGUUAGCGCUCAACUCAGCGAGUUUGUUAGAAAUAGCAAAUAGUGAACAUUGUAGGUUAGUUUUAGUGGAAAACCACCAAGUUCUAAUACAUCAAUGAGUGUUUUAUUUAUUUCUUUCAUUUUUAAUUUGCCAUUAGAUGCUAGUAUCUGGUUAGGAAACAGUAUUUUUAAAAGAUUUUUAUUACUUGAUCCAUAAAAUGUGAACAUGUUUUCCCCUGAGCCAGCAGCGGCUCGCGGAGCCGAUGGAUCCAGAUGUUAGGAUAACGUGCAGUGUGUGUGUUUCUAAAUAAAACCUGAACGUCGGGAUGAAUCGGCUUCAUGAAUUUUAAUACAACUCUAAUUAAAACUCUGUCCUCUGUAGUUUGUGAGCUGAAUGGAUUUUGGAGAGUUGUGUGUUUAAAGGAUGAAUUGUAGUUUGAUGGAAUGAAGCACUGUGUGUGUCAGUGUGUCGGUCACAUGUCCAGCCUCUCAGUAAAGCUGCAGGAAACCUAAA